AUGGUCAUCCCCAUUGUCUUCCUCCACAGCGUGGUCCACAGCCAGCCCUUGGGUUGUGUCUCCUUCGAGCUGCUUGCAGACCAAGUUCCAAAGACAGCAGAAAUACUUCCUGCACUGAGCACUGGAGAGAGAGGAUUUGGUUAUAGGUGGUCGUGCUUUCACAGAAUUACUCCAGGAUUCAUGUGUCAGGGCGGUGACUUCACGUGCCAUAAUGGCUCUGGUGCCGAGUCUGGCUAUGGGGAGAAAUUUGAAGAUGAGAACUUCAUCCUGAAACAUGCAGGUGCUGGGAUCUGGUCUAUGGCAAAUGCUGGCCCCCACACAAACGGUUCCCAAUUUUUCAUCUGCACUACCCAGGGUGAACACUUGGACAGUAAUCGUGGGGUCUUUGGGAAGGUGAAAGAAGGCAUGAACACCGUCAAAGAAAUGGAACGCUCUGGGUUCUGGAAAGGCAAGACUAGGAAGAAGGUCACCAUCGCUGGCUGGGGACAACUCUAA